ACGCUCGGUCUGGCUGCCUACUGGCUCAGAGAGAGACAGAGAGAGAGAGACGGACGCAGGUGGAGAGCGAAAACAGAGAGAAACCAAGUGGGAAGAGGGGGGAAAAAAAACAAGAUGAAGGGAAGAGAAGAAAGGAGAGCUGCCUGUUGUAUAGCACGCUGAGAGAAAUAUAUAAGGAGAGAGGCAGCGAGCACGAAGGAGCUCUGGAGAAACCAGCAACUCCUCUCUCACGGUUUCCAGAAGAGGGAAGGAGACGGAGGAGUGCGAUGCUUCAGUCCUGCUCUGCCUGAGACAAACCAGGAGAGAAGGAAGGAGCAACGGAGAGGAAGAGGAAGAGGAGGAAUCCCUUUGGAAAAACAGCUGGAAGAGAAGACGACUAGAGAGAAAUGAAGAGGAUGGAGGAGAAGAGGACGAGCAGAGACUCCUGGUUACUGAGGCUCACAUGAGUGUGGACCCGAGCCUGGCCAGAGUUACUACGAGAUGCUGUCAGAGAAGGAGCGCGUGAGGGCGGAGUGUUAGUGUGCAGGUGAUGGAUGUCUGUUUGCACAAGCUGCUCCUUGAAACUCAGCAGAAGUAGACGAGAGCCAGUGUCUGUGUCAGGCCAGGUGUGAGAACAUAUGACAGACCAGCUGUUUUAAGAGGUAGACGGGGUCAGGGGGCACCCAGAGGAGCAGGAAGCGGGAAGAGGCGCUCACGUGUGGAAGUGCAUGGACAGAAUUACUCACACGGACGUUUAGCGGCGGCCACAGCCUGAACACAGACGAGUCCAGCUAUCUCAGAGGCAUAGAGGUGUGAGUGUGGUUUUUAACAGAAGAGCUGAGGUGUCACUGAGCUCCUUUUAGCGCCUCUUUUACACCAAACCAGCCACCUGAAGCCACUCCCUACCUCAUCUCAACAAGUGGACUUGACGACUCGCAGUGAACGGCUUUGACAGCGGCUGAGUGGGGUCAAUCCUGAUUUCUCGUGCCCGGUGGAUGCCCCCUAACUCCAGCCAUGGGAGAAUGGACCAUCCUAGAGCGCCUCCUGGAGGCCGCAGUCCAGCAGCACUCCACUAUGAUCGGCAGAAUCCUGCUGACAGUAGUGGUGAUCUUCCGCAUCCUGAUCGUGGCCAUCGUGGGGGAGACGGUGUACGAGGAUGAGCAGACCAUGUUCAUCUGUAACACUCUGCAGCCGGGCUGCAACCAGGCCUGCUAUGACAAAGCCUUCCCCAUUUCACACAUCCGCUACUGGGUCUUCCAGAUCAUACUGGUGUGCACACCCAGCCUCUGCUUCAUCACCUACUCUGUCCACCAGUCGGCCAAGCAGAGAGACCGGCGCUACUCUUUCCUCUAUCCCAUCAUGGAGAGGGACUACGGCGGAAGGGACGGAGCACGAAAGCUUCGCAACAUAAAUGGAAUUCUGGUUCAGCACGGCGGUGACGGUGGAGGAGGGAAGGAAGAACCUGACUGCCUGGAGGUGAAGGAGAUCCCCAACGCCCCGCGGGGCCUCACCCACGGAAAGAGCUCCAAAGUUCGCCGGCAAGAAGGGAUCUCCCGCUUCUACAUCAUUCAGGUGGUGUUCAGAAAUGCACUGGAGAUCGGCUUCUUGGCAGGCCAGUACUUCCUCUAUGGCUUCAGCGUGCCUGGGAUUUUCGAGUGCGACCGCUACCCAUGUCUCAAAGAGGUGGAGUGCUACGUGUCCCGGCCCACGGAAAAAACGGUUUUCCUGGUGUUCAUGUUUGCGGUGAGCGGCAUCUGCGUGGUGCUCAACCUGGCCGAGCUCAACCACCUGGGCUGGCGCAAGAUCAAGGCGGCCAUCAGGGGCGUCCAGGCCCGCAGGAAGUCUAUCUGUGAGAUCAGGAAGAAGGACAUGGCGCAUCUUUCCCAGCCGCCCAACCUGGGACGCACUCAGUCCAGCGAAUCAGCCUACGUCUGAAGAUGAAGAGAAGAAAAAAAAGGAGUGGGAUGAAUGUGCAAGAGAGAGAAUGAAUUAAUUAUGAUUUUAAUUUAAUGAAGAUGGUGUGGAGGUCAAACAAGAUGACCUCUCCUCUGUAAUGAAGGAGUGAAACAGAAUGUAAAAAGACCAAACCUCCAGCUCUGCGACUUUGAGUCAAGAGAGGUGGGAGGAUAAAGAAAAUUACAGAGCAGAAAAGAGGACAAAAAGUUUUGCUCGAACAUAAUUAAGACGUUAUGAUCUCAUGAGGAGAUAUUCCAACUGCCAUUUUAUACUUUUGUCUUUUUUAACUAAUUACCUUCUUCACUGCCCUUCACUUCUUAAAGAAUUAAAUCCCCACAGGGUUGGAGAUGGAAAAACUAGAGAUGAGAAGAAGAAGAGGGGUGGAGAGAGGAGAACGGAUAAGAGGCUGUUUUGUGUUCUUUGGCGAUAUUGGAAGACGACAGCGGCGUUUGAUGCUUCCCAUGGUGCUUUUCUUCUGGACUGUGUCAGCCUCAGUGAAAAAGGGAGGACAGGAUAGGGGAUGGGACGGGGAGAAUGAGCAGCAGUGUCAUUAAAAAGAGGAACGGAAGAACUGUCAAAGCCGUGACAGACUCUAGAGAAGUGACGGCAAGUUUGGGAGCGAGGGGGAGGAGGAGGGAGACAACAUGCUCUGGGAAAACACAUGAAGCAAGCGAGGAGGGGGAAUUGAGAGGGAACGUUUUUCUUUCGCUUCCUCUCUUCGCCUGAGAAUCCAAGAGAGAGAAUCCAGGAGAGAAGGAGCUGCCUCCCGACUGUGUCUUGCCUCUGCUGGAACAUCGUCACAAGCCAAAACCGAGAGAAAAAGACUGACGAUGUUUAUGUUUUGUCUCUUGGCAAAAGAUGAUUUUAACACAAACACGGCGAGUACCAUAAACACUUUCCGCUUUCCUCUCCCCCAUCUCUCGCUCUCUGCUCGGUGGCUGGCAGCUAUUUAGACCCCGGGGGCUUCGAAUGACAGUAAUGACCGUCGCUGCUCUCCUGCUGCGUAAACUUUGGAGAGGAACUAAUGAACAAAUGGACACGCAGUUGGUUAACGUCAGUCUCUGCUGAAGCACAAACCAAACUUCCCUCCUUUGUCAUGUGCAAACACAAAGGAGGAGGGAACAGAGAGACGAGCUAAAGAGAAUGAGAGAUUGUAGAAGAGGAAGAUCACUUUAUUACAACUUUAAACAAAUUUUAUAUAAUACAUCAAUAUGAGUUAUAAUUUUUUUUCAGAAAGCGAUGGUGCCAUCCUUAAGAUAUUUAAUUAUUGUUAAAAAGUUACAUAGAGUAUAUCAUGGUAAUAUUAUUUAUCCAUUUAGAGUAUAUCCAAAUAGAUUUAUUUAUCUUUGCGGGCGGGUUGGUUGGGAGAUCAUGUUGCUGUUUUUUCAAAUGUAUAAACUGUCUGUCUUUUUUUCAUUUUUGCUUAGUUUAAAGCAUUUCUCACUGAUGGAACUGAUUAAUGUCAUGUACGGGGUGGGAAGGGACAAGUUUGCGAGCUUUGUUAGGAAAUGCUUUUGAGGAUGUGCAGCUGAUUUUUUUUCCUUAUUUGCAACUCCGUAGGGAAAACUUAGAUGCAUUUGUUACUUAACUGCAUUUAAAAUGCAGAGCAAUGCAGCUGUUAAACACACCAUGUGUGUGUUUUCUACAGGGAGCCUUGGCUUUCUUCAAAAUCAGCUGCACAGCUUCAGGCAAUUAAGGCCUGUGAGCCAUUUGAUAAAGGCAUGUUUACACGACACCAUGUUUUUUGAAUGAUCAAGCUGCGUAGCCGAGGAGUAGUUACUCUCUAAGGACAGUUGUGUUUUUGAUUCUCAGUGGCUUUCAUUUUGCAUUUCUUUCCAGACUGGAUUUCAGCAUGCAUGCAAUGUAAGAGAAAAGUAAGAGAAUGACUUGAAAGAAACAGAAAAAGAUGACAGAGCGUGUUGCACCUUGAUUAAUGCAGACUUGGUGAAAGAGUGGUAGACUGAAGGAACAUUCUGGGAUGAAGGUGUUUCUGGACACAGACAUGCACAAGCGCAUGACGUAAAACAUGGAGCUAACAGACUGAGUCUAUGAAACCAGACAUAAAGACAAUCCAUAGACCUGGUGGCUCUGCCUCCUAAGAAUUACAUUCCAACCCAACUGACCUGCCUUCUCACUUAUGUUUUAAAGGAAAUGUAUUUUCACCCUUAUGCAUUUUGUGGUUUAUUAUGAAUACGUUUCUGAUCUCCAUAUCUUUGUCAUUUAUUCUAUGGCUUUCCAACUGCCUUUUAAACUUUCUAACUACAGAUAAGGUGGGACUCAUCACCCCCCUAGUAACCCAGAAAAUGAAAGAUAAAAGCUUUAAAGUUGUUGUUUAAGAUGAUAUUUUCUAAAGGCCAGUGUUGUACUUUUAAGAUCCACCAUCACAUGAGCAUUCACGUGAAGUAAAACUGCUUUGUGCAGAGUUCAGUACAAUGUUGUUCUACUGAAUCCUGAAGAACAGUAAAACGUUCAAAACACCGAUGUGUUUCAAGUUUAGUGCAUUUCUUAAAGAAAUUGAUUGUAAACAGCUAAUGGUGUCAGACUUUAGGCUCAUUUUAAAGGAGUAUAAUCAAGUCUUAAACCUGACCAAGUAGUUUUGCUGCCUGAACCCAACCAAACAGCUGGUGGAAAAUAGAAAUGUUACCUACUAUCAUGCACUGCUACCGUUGUGUAAGAAAAUACAUUUCCUCUGACAUGUAACUGAGAAUGCAGUUUCGUUCAUGUGACAAGCAGACACAAGCACAAAGCAGUUCAAGCCACAUUUUGUCUGUUUAAAACAGUCCAUGCUCUUUGAUCUUGUUACAGAGAUCAAGAUUUUGGAGCUGUUAGCUACAGUUACACUGUCACUUAUCACCUCACCAAUAAUAGAAAAUCCACAAAUAAUCAUGCAGCAGGUCAGUGGUCUGUGCUUUAGUCUUGACAUUUAAGUGUAACAACAAAGAACCUGCAAACUGAAUGGCCUUACACAGCUCAGCACUGCAGCAGCUUCUCACUGCCACGUUUGAGUGGUCGGUUUCAAGAGGGGCACUGUUCUACUUUCUCAUUUACUUUAAUGAUACUGUUAAUAAACGCAUUAACCCAACGGCAGAGAUAUUACACCACAUCAUAGGUACAUUAAUUAAUUCUCCGCUACUACAGCGUUAAUUGCUGCACAGUGAAAAGGAUGAAAAGUCAGCCCCAGUGUUUAAAUAAACUGCAGCUUACAUUUCUUAAAACAUUGAUCUCUUUAGAGAAAAAUAAGUGACAUUAUCACGACCCCACUGUAUAUAUAUUGUCAAGAUUUAUUUGUCGCAUUUCAUACUAACUAAAUCUGGAGCACAUGUAAACAGUUUUUUUUUCUAAAGAAAAAUACUUGUCAUACCAUAACCACUGAUGCUGCUGUUUAAAUGCCCUGACAUUACAUGGCAUUAAGCACUAACUCUAAACACCAUAAACCAGUAGCCAGAGCUACAGUUGGUCUUUCAGCUGCAGCAACAGCUGAUGUAGUAGAAGCAACUCUGUUUCUCCAUUCACUCCCACUGCCAUAAUCUCUGUGAUUCUUACAGGUGAUUAUCCCCAGAUUUAGUCUCCCCUGAGGGCUUGAAUGGGUCCAGGGGGAUCGGUGUAGUCUACUUACUGUAUGCACCCAGAAGGACAAAUACGCUGACAGAGCAUGUCAGAAUGCCUAAUAAUAGAGGUUGAGCUAACCCUUGGCCAUCCUCUAUACUGCUGUGAGCGUGCUUCUAGCGAAAGCUUAAACACUGACCUUGAGCUUAAGAGCCAAGCCGAUGUCCUGUACUAUAUGAAGCUCCUGCUGGGAGUCAGAGAGCAGGACUGAACUGAUCUAAUCUCCACAGAGCACAGGUUAGGGCUGGUGUGAGCUCUAUUUUUACUGAAUGGUGCGCACACAUGUUCAACGUACAGUCGGAUCUGAAUGUAGGAACAGUUUGAGUUCAGCUCCGUGUUCUUGGAUUCUGUCGUUGUGUCUGGUUUCAUUCAGGUCAGAAACACAAACACACACACACAGCGUGAGGACGUAGAAGGCCAUAAAUGUGUCCUGGUUUUCUUCGGUUUACAUUUAUCCAAGGUUCAUUAGGGACUCACUCCAGUUGUAGCGUCAGUGGAACCAGUUCUUCCAGCAGUCCACCACUCUCCACAGUCUGCUUUUCUAUUUGUCAAUGUGAAAUGAAUUAUGCAACUUUUUUUUCUUAUUUGCUUAUCUUUUUUGACUUGUGGAUUCAUUUUGUUGUCUGUUGCUCUUUUUGUGCAGUGACAUGUCAAAAAAGAAAGAUGUUUUUUCUAUGUGAAGAACAAAAGUUUUUUUUUAAAUGUGUGAAACCAAGGGUAGAGUGUUGCAAUAUAAGACUAGCAGAAAAAUAUAUUUCCUCCCUUGCCAAAGUGAUAUGCAAAGUUUAAUUCAUUUUCAAAGAUUUUUUAACUGCAUGUGUAAUGGCUAGAAUAAGCAUGUUUCUAUGUUUUCUUCAACGGAAUCUUUAAAGAAAGAGUUUUUUUUUUAGUCCAAACUAUGGAGUGAAGCUAUUAUGUCUCGAUGCCAAGUGUGUAUAUUAACUACCCAGUUUUUCAGCAGACGGUACAGAGCCAGGCAGACAACACCAACUCAGUGAAGUUAAAACUACCUACUACAUUCUAGUUUCAAUUCCCAAAAGAGUUUAAAAAACGCUGUAUACAGUAAAUCUUUUACUUUAAGAAAUUUGCACAUUUAUAAUUAGUUGUAGAAGAUGUUUUGAUUGAUAAGGCAGUCUCUCAAAUGUGUAAAACACAGGGUACACGGGAAUAUCAGCCUACAGGUAAAACACUGGCACCACUAGAUGUCAGACGCCAGAACAUUCCAGGGUUUAGCGCCCAGCACAAUGAACCUACAAUUAACAGUGUUUUAAUGUAAUAUGAUUACACCCUCAGUGGAGCUCCCUGUGGACAACAUAUCGGGCUACAGUGCACAGACAGAAGACUCAGGAGAGAAAACAAUGCUGAUGUUUUACAGCUUUUCUACACUCAAGAAUGCUUUUAUAGUGUCAGCAUCCUUUCCAUUUGUACUGUAGAACCGACCCGAGAGAAUUAGCUGCUGGUGCUACUGAGGUUCGACCGAAAUCAUUGGUUCACAGACAUUCCCUUCUGUCCAGCACACUACUGCCCACAAACCACAGGUCAUGUAGCAACACAGGUCUCCUUAAAAAUCAAGCUCUUGACUGUUACAUACAAAAGGAGCCCGUUUUGUAAAGGUCCUAUAGCCGGUCAUGAUAUAAUCUCUCCAGCUCAUUCAUACCGCAGAACAGUAGCAAACAAUUUGACUCUCAGGAACGCAGCAUGUAAGUGAGCUGCUUCAUUCAUUAACACAGAGCUCAAUGAACUCCUACAUUACUCUUUAUUCUGCUGCCAGAAGGACCCAAGAUUAACUUAAUAAUCACAUUAUGUAGCCGAUCCAAAGGGCUGGUAGGUGGCCCCUGAGCCAGUUUUGAAAAUGCCCCCCUUAUACAUUAAAGGGCUUCUUACUUAUUACAAACUAAAAAGCCAUAGUUUAAACAAAGAAAAGAAUUCGUGGCACAGUAUUUCGAAGGAGUACAAUGUGCACUCACGGGCCCAGAUUAAUCACAUUCAUACGUCAAUCAGUCAGUGAGGCAUUGAAGUCGUUUUUGCAUUUAAAUUGAAAAUUAGACAUCUUGUUUCAAAUGGAAAGCUUUUCACUGUGUUUAAUGGAAUGAGAGAAAUUUAAGUUAUGAAGCUCCUUUAUCCUGAUGUUCAGCUUCAAUUUUUAUUUUAUUGUGAAAUAACAUGCUCCUUCCCUCCCUCCCUCUGGUCCCGCCUCGUACUGGUGCUGCUGUCCUGACAGCUAGAUUAUAACCAUUUGUGGGUUCAUGAGCGGACCUCUCACUAAUCUGUCAUGAUAUCAGUUGUGAUUACUUCAUCUAAUUACGCUGAGUGGCAGAUCCAGGCAGAGUGAAAUUUAAAACUGCCAUCCGGAUUUGACCAAAUAGCCACCGUGAAUCCCUCCUCCUCUGCCUCUCUCUCUCUCUCUCUCCACCUAAUGGUCGCUGGAUCAUGCAUGAGAUUACAACACACAGAUUUAUCUCUCUGAAAUUUCAGCAAAUUACAAACUGCUGAGUUUUGAGUGGAAGAGAGGGGAGGUUAUAAACCAGUGGGACAGAUGAAGAACAUACCUCAGGCUCACUCUCACCUUCUCACUUCUCCUCCAACAUCAGCACCUCAUGAGCUCAGACCAGAUCACCUUUACGUCAUGACGUGUGUCUGUAAACGCCGAUGUUUCAGUGAGAGGGAUGAAACCUGAGCGGUGUCGAUGGAGUGGAGGGAGUAAUGUCAAGUGUGGCCAAUAUUUGGCAUCCUGUAGUGGUGAUCAAUAUUUACGGAAUCUGAUAGAGAAAAUAGUCAAAGAUUUUAGCCCAAGGAACCUGCCAUUCUUCAGCAUAGCUUCUACGGUUAUCUGUGACAUCUGUACGGAUGUACAAUCAUGGACUGAAAACGGGAACGAUGGACUACACACUCAAACACGCUCACGCUUUGCAACCUUCAUCGGAAAAUCCGUGGUUUCUGACCGCAGAUUUUAUGAUGUAUGUAACAGACCUUCGUUGAAGGUUCACUGUAUAUUUCUGACUGGUGUACUGUAUGUAAAGACUGAAUAAAACCUUGAAUGUUACAUCAAGCUUGAA